UUCCCUUCUGCCAAGGGGAGGGAUCAUCCCUGCUGGGAAUACACAGGAGCUGCUGGAGUUGGAGCCCACCACGCCCAAUUCCCAUUCCCUGCCCUUUUCCUUGCUUUCAAAGGAUAUAUAAAGGAUAUCUAAAAGGAAAUAUCCAGAGAGGGACGUGGUCGAGGGAUCCACAACCAUCCCCAGGUUUGUGGGGAGCAGAAGGACACAAUCCCCACCCCAAGUGGGAUUUGGCUGCAUAUUCCAACAUCUCCACAGGAGAGAUGACCUUUGGCUGCUCCAAACUCCUUUCCCAAAGAAUUUAGUAGGGAUUGACUCUCUGGAAAGACCCGAGGUGUUGUGAGCCCUCCCCCCUUGCUGUGCUGUAAUUAAUCUGUUGGAUGUGCUGCUCCUUUCCUGUCAUUCCCAUUCCUUUUCCAGCCCUUGCCCUGUCACACUCUGCUCCAUCAGCACUGACAAUUCCAGCCCUUGGGCACCAACUGCACCUGGAGUCCUUGUGCCUGACCUGGGAAUGAAAAAACAAGGGAAUGAGUCGUUUGUCUCAGGCUUUGCCCGAGUGGGAAACGCCGGAUCCUGAUUUUUGGGUUUUUUUGGUGUGUGUUCUCCUGUCCCGGCCCCAUCCCGGGUUUUGUGUUUCCCUGGAGCUGGCAGCUCCCUCUCAGAGAGCUGGGUGUUGGGGUGGGAUCUGGGGAAAGGAUUGGGAGCAGGGUGAGGAUUAUCCUGUGGGAAAAGAGGGAUUUUUGGACCUGGAGUUAGUUGGAAGCCUCCUCCCUCCUAGCACUUGGGAUAUGGGAAUACAGACAACAUUGGGAUACAGCACCCAGUUCUCCUGCUCCAAAGAGGUGUCUCCUCCUCUGUAUUGUCUCCUCUGUCUGACUUCCCUGUGGAAAAGCCACAUAUCCAUGAUUUUGGGUUGAUUCCUGGUCUUUUGCUGCUCCAGGUGUGGGAGCCACUGGGAAGUGGGAAUGGCUGGAGCUGCUUAAACCACCACUUCCCCCAGUAUAACUUAAACCAGGAUGAUUCCAGAGGCAGCUGCUCCAGGAGCCAUGCACGGCUGUUCCCGGGUCGUGGAGCUGCUCCUGGAGCGGUGCCACUACCGACCUGACAGCAGGGACAAGUGUGGAGUCACUCCCUUCAUGGAUGCAAUCCAGAACGGGCACCUCGACAUCGCCCGGAUGCUCCUGGAAAAACACCAGGAGGGACACGGACACACCAUCCUGACGCUGCUGUCCCUCGGCGCCGAUCUCCAGGCUCAGGACGGGAAGAGCCGUUCCGGUAAGGAAGGAGCUGCUCCUUCCCCCUCUGCCUGACCCCCAGAGCUUCCAUAAGGGCAUCCCAACCUCCAGGUCACCCUGGAGCACGCAGGGAGAUCCCAAAUCCAUGGAUACCAAAGGCUCUGGGAGCAGCGUGACGUGAAAACAGGGGUUUUGGUUUGUUUUUU